CCGGUUCAAUGCUUGCAGAUUACUUUAUUAGUACCAAUUUUUUCACGGACCAAUGGUGUUUGUGUGUGUUCUUGCAGAUUAGGGUUUUGUAUGGUGUAGAACAUGAUGAUUUGAUUACUUUCGGUUUGCAACUUUAUCAGUUUGAUUUUUGGAAGAAAAAAAAACAAAUACACAACUAAACUUGCUUCUUAGAAUAGGAUAAAAUAACCUUUUGUUCCCAAAAUAGGGAGUAAAUUUUUUUAUUUCAAAGAGGAUAGAGAGAGGCGAGAUAUCAUGGACUUAGGAGCUACCAACAAGGCAAAUAGUUGCAGUGCUCUUGUUUUUUUUCCAGUGCAUAAUGCUCUAUUUAUUAUCACUAUUGGUUGGACAACAAACUUGAAUACUUGAUGGGUCAAAGUUGUUCUUGAAUCUGAAUCUUCAAUAUUAGUUCUUUAAUCUUUAGGCUGCCAUUUAGUAUUUUUUUAAUGCUGGUUAUUGGUGACUUGGUUCUUAAUUCUUUAGGAUGCAAUUUAGGCUUUAGCAAGUACUUGGAAUCAUGGAAUGGAGUCUUGUUAGAAUCAGAAGACUAUACAGAAGUCAAAGAUAAGAUGAAUAACGCAUCAGUAGGACCUUCAUCCAAGGUGAGAGUUGGUUCAUCCCAGCCAUCAGAAACCUCAUUCAAGCGCAAGCGAGGGGUUUUUCAGAAAGAUUUGCAGCAUAUGAUGUAUGGUUUCGGAGAUGAUCCUAAUCCAUUACCAGAGACUGUUGCACUUGUGGAGGACAUUGUCGUGGAGUAUGUGACAGACAUGGUGCAUAAAGCUCAAGAUAUUGCAUCAAAGAGGGGAAAGCUUUUGACCGAGGAUUUCUUGUUCUUGAUUCGGAAGGACUUGCCAAAGCUAAACCGAUGUACAGAAUUGCUGUCGAUGAAUGAAGAACUAAAACAAGCCAGGAAAGCUUUUGAUGUGGAUGAGGAUAAGCUGGCACAAGCAGAGUAAUGAACCAUGACUCUCAUUUUUACUUAUGUCCUGUCCAGCCUUGGCAAGUAACUACUGUCUGUGCACUCUUUACUUAUAUGUCCUGAGGAUUGUAGUUGUAGUGUGAAAAUCAACCCACAAGUUUACUAUAUUUGAAUUGGAAAAUGAAUUGCAAUAUUUUAACAAA